AUGUUAGUUGAAAGAAGACUUAGGUACAUUACCGCCAGCAUUCUGGGAAUUCCAUUGAUCAUCUUGACAUUUCUUUGUCCUAUUAUAGAACUUUUGAAAUUUCGAUACUUUAAUCAAAUCCCUGGGGAGCUGUCCCUUUCAAAUGUUAUUAUCGAGUAUUGUUAUUUAGUGGUCUCGUUCUCAAUACCAUGCAGUUUAUUAUUAUCGGCCAUAUCCAAUUAUUGUCGACCUAAAGCCCUAGCGGAAACCAUGAAGGAAGAAUUAUUCCCCGUGCUUUUCAUUUGGGUAAUUGUCGCCGCGGUCUACACAAUUAUAACUGCAAAUGAAAUGCACGAGAUCCCCGCAAACUGUCCAUCACCAGAAACUUAUUUCUAUGAGAAGCCCUAUUAUUAUACAGCGUGUAGGGUUCGCCUAACAAAUCUAAUUUCCAUGUGGUUGUUUGUGUUGUUUGGAGGAUUAUGGGUGAUAGGUGCGUGCUUGGGGAUUUUGCCGAAAGAUAAUGAUCUAAAACGAUUGACCGGACAAUAUGAAGAGGAUGGUCAGAGUCUUCUGUGGUGA